AUGAGUCUCCUAUCACAACGCGCCGCGGCUACUUGGCCCGCCCUGCAAUUCACAGAUGCCGGCACUUUCCAAAUCACCAUCUUUGAAGACUUGCACUUUGGUGAAGCUGAGGAUACAGACUGGGGACCAUUGCAGGAUGUCGACACCCUGGAGGUGAUGCAGACCGUGUUGGACAACGAGACGCCUCAGCUUGUCAUUCUCAAUGGAGACUUGAUCACCGGCGAGAACACAUUCAAGGAAAACUCGACCGACUAUGUGGAUGAGAUAGUUGCGCCGCUGGUAGAAGCAGGUCUGCCGUGGGCAUCAACUUACGGCAAUCACGACUCAGAUUUCAACCUGUCCAGGACAGAGAUCUAUGACAGAGAAAAGACGUAUGCAAAUAGCUUGACUGGUAACAUGGUACAAGCCAACGACUCUGGUAUCUCAAACUACUACCUUCCCGUCUAUGCCGACAACGACACCUCCGUCACUCCGGCCAUGAUCCUGUGGUUCUUUGAUAGUCGAGGCGGUAAUUACUACCAAGAACUCGCUGCGGACGGCACAAGUGUGAGCCAGCCAAACUGGGUCGGCAGCAGCGUGGUCUCGUGGUUCGAAGAAACAAGGGCCCAGCUCACCACUCUGUAUGGAACAUCUCUACCCUCCCUCGCCUUCGUCCACAUCCCCGUGGAUGCUUUCCUCGCCUUCCAGGACGCGGGCGUCGAUGCAACGCAGGAACCAGGCAUCAACGCCGAUGUGCCCCUGUCGCAGCAAGGCGUGCAGUCCGGCGAGGGCUCUUCCGAGACCGUGUACACAUAUGACGGCCAGGACGUGCCGUUCAUGCAGGCCCUGCUGGAGACCGAGAACCUCAUUGCCGUGUUCAGUGGGCAUGACCACGGUAAUGAUUGGUGUUUCCAGUGGGAUGAGGAUCUUGCGGUUAUGGGCCUCACGGGGAACGGGCUGGAUCUUUGCUUCAGUCGCCACACGGGGUAUGGAGGCUAUGGGUCGUGGACAAGGGGAUCACGCCAGAUCCUCGUCAGCCUGGAGACUCUUGGGAAUGCUACCGAGACGUGGACGCGUCUUGAGGAUGGGAGCGUUGUUGGUGAUGUGAUGCUGAACUCAACAUUUGGCUCAGACGAGUAUCCUGCGGUGCCUUUGACUUACACGAGCGAGUAUGAUGAAGGUCAGCCCUAUUCCAGGUAG